GGCUGCCGCUUACCAUCCUGCAGGAGAGGCCGCAGCUGCUCACCGUCUGGGAGUCGAAGCGCGGAGGUCUGCCGGCCUCCAUCCCCGCGAAAGCUUUUUGCGGCUUCCCACUAAUGCGAGUUUGAGGCUUCCCUGCCGGUCCCUCGGGAGAGGCAGCGCCGGAGCGGCUUCGCAGGGGGGGCGAGUUCUGGCGCAGGAUGUCUGAGCGGCCGGGCCCCGCUCCAGUGAUCUUGCUUGCAGGGGACUCCCCGAAGCGUGUUCUGGUCUCCGUCAUCAAAACCACCCCUGUCAAGCCGCCUCGCGGAGGCGGCGAGGAGCCCAGCCGAGCUCUACCGCCCCCGCCCAUCCCUACCAGCCCGGGCUUCAGCGACUUUAUGGUCUACCCCUGGCGAUGGGGAGAGAACGCGCAUAACGUCACCCUCAGCCCUCCGCCGGCCGCGGCGCAGCCUCUCCGCGAGGGAGGCGCUGGGAACAGCCACGGGGCGCGAGACGCGGUUGGCCGCUCGUGCGCAGACGACGAAGAAGCCGGCAGUCCGGACAGCGGCAUUGGGAACAGCGGGCACCUGAGGGAUGGGAUAAGAAGAGGCCGGCCAAGAGCAGACACUGUCCGAGAUCUAAUAAGUGAAGGAGAGCAUUCUUCUAGUAGAAUUCGCUGUAAUGUGUGUAACAGAGUUUUCCCACGAGAGAAAUCUUUACAGGCACAUAGAAGGACUCAUACUGGUGAAAGGCCUUAUUUGUGUGACUACCCGGAGUGUGGGAAAGCCUUUGUUCAGAGUGGGCAACUUAAAACUCACCAACGUCUCCAUACAGGAGAAAAACCUUUUGUCUGUUCAGAAAAUGGAUGUGUAAGCAGAUUCACUCAUGCAAACCGUCACUGUGCCAAGCAUCCGUAUGCAAGGCUGAAGAGAGAGGAACCUACGGACGGAUUGAAUAAAAAACAAACAGCAGAUAAUAAAGCUGUUGCUGAAUGGCUGGCAAAAUACUGGGAGAUGAGAGAGCAGCGUACUCCUACAUUGAAAAGCAAAGCUACUCAUAAGCCUGAUCAGGAGCAGCAAGAUCCCAUGGAGUAUCUUCAGUCUGAUGAAGAUGAGGAGGAAAAGAGUACUACCCAUUCAGCUGCCUGUAGCCGCCUUCAGGAACAGCGUGAACGUUUGCAUGGGGCACUAGCACUCAUUGAGCUUGCAAACCUGGAUGGAGCUCCACUACGACAGUAGUAGAAAAACUGAACCUGUUGAUAAACAUUCUGCAAUUUGGUACUUAAACCAGUUAGCUCCUGGGCAUAAGCUAAGCACCUUAUUUGCUUUCAUAGGCUGCUAUUCUGUAGAAUUCAUGAAGAAUGUUGUUGCCCCAAGAAGACGGGGUAAGAGAAUUGCACUUUUUUUGUAAGGUAAAGUCAGAUAAAGCUUUUUUAAGUAUUUUGUAAAUAGACUGCGUGAUAAACUCUUGUAUUAUGGAAUGCUAGAAUUGCAAGGUUAGGGCUGUGCUGCUAAUCACAAUUACAUGGAAGUAAGCUACUGUGCAUUCAGUAGGACUUUCUUCCAUGUAACAGUGUUUAAAUCAGGAUGCCAGUCUUUCUUUGAUGCAGUAGUCACAGGAAGCACUUUCUGAAUUCAUCACUUUAGAAUAAUGGUACCCCUAUUGAAAGAAAAUAGUUGAGACGCUAUUUAAGGUGGGCAUAAGCAGUGACCAUGAUUUUCAAACAUCAAUACUUUUUUCUAGCCACACUGUAAAGAGUGCUAGAAUUGCUGUCUUAACUUUGUAACACAGAAGAAACAGGUGAUGUGGUAUUCAGGAUCUUUACUGUGAGUGCUGAUACCGAGGCUGACUUUACUGAUGUGUACUGAGAUCUCAGCAGUCUCUUGGUUGAGUAGCACUUCUUGUUCCUUACAGAAUGUUGGGAACAUUUGCACAUUAUUGGAUUUGCCUAUAACUUAGUGAUUUAGUCUUGCAAAUUCUAGGCAUCAUGGUAACAUCACAGAAGAUGUGGAUUUUUUUCAGGUUUCACAGACCCUGUAACAAUGACAUUUGUAUUUUGUUAACAGGGGUAUUUGCAGGCUAGUGUUGGUUUAUAGUAAAAUAUUUUCUAAGACUUAUUAGCAAACACUAAAAGUACUGCUUUAAAACUUCCUUGCAAAUCUUUUCUUGCAUAGCGCCACCUUAUUGCUUUAUUUCAAAAUUUCAUACCAAGUUUGUGUUCACUAACUGUAGUUCAGAAAGCUGCAAAAAAAGUAUUGGCUAUACAACUAGGAAAAUAGGCUUCCAGCAGUAGUUGCAAGUGUGAGAUGUGUGGUGUAGUAUUUUCCCCCCAAAAUAAAAAUAGAAUAUUGCUUAGUGCUUUUGAGCACCAAAAGGAAAAUAAAGUUUUAGCAGAACACACUGUUAGUGAUUUUAAAUAACUUAUCAUAGGCCAGGCUUUUGCCUUGCUAGAUUGUUUUUGUGUGAACAAAAUGAGUAGACGUGCAUAAUAGACAGAAAAUUCAAAUACUUGCAGUUUUUAGGAGAUGGGAAGGGGGGCUACUAGCAUAAGCGUAUGAAGUGUGAGAUUCAUGACCAACUAAUCUUCCACUUCUGUGAUUCAAACUGAUAUUGGGCUUAGAAUGCAUCACAAUAAAAAUAAAUAUGAACAGCAAGUUUGCAAGAUGAAAAUUCAGAUUGCUAUCUUAGCUGUUGACAUGAUAUGUCUUUAGAGUUCAGUUAAUGUAAGCAAAGGCUAUAGAGGGAAGGUAGUAAACUUUAGUGGAACUGAAUCUUAGAAUUGUCCCUUCUUGGCUUUGCUGACUACUUCUAAACCUUUCUAGCUCCUCUACAUCUUUCAAGCAAAGCACUUCAAUUUGGGCUUGUAGAUGCAUAUCCAUGUACAAGUAUCCUUAGUAAAACAGGUUGAGAACCUGUAAGCAUCAACUGUGAUGCUGUUCCUGGAGUUGACUUAGCAGGGAAAGACAUUUGCACUCCAAUUCAGACUCUUGUAGAAAAACUUAUGAAUAUAUCACCAGUUAUGCAAACAGGCCCUGAUUCUAUAUCGGAAUGCACAAACUUCUUCCCCUUGUCAGUAUCAAAUAUUUACACUGAAUGCAUACUGAAAACAUGUAGUUAAUCAAAACUUGUUAAAUUCUGCCUGUUUAUAGGCAAGGUCAAGCUGCUUAACCAGUUGUGUAUAAAAUACAUCUUUGGAAAAUCUCCAAGCAAAAUAAAUUAAAUUUGUGGCUUUAAAAAUGUUGGCUUUAAAAAAAUGGUGGUUCAAGAAUUGUAUGCUUCAUAUGAUUAAGCUGUAGUUUUAAGCAUGAUUUGAAAUGCUGUCAUUUGAAUAAGCUUUGAAUAAAAAGUU